GUCCAAAUAGCGAAUUAAGAAAUUGAGAAUUGAGCUGUCUUCAAAUUCAUCAUAUCGACUUCUUUUUGUUUCCUUUGAAAUUGCAAUUUUAACUAAAUUUCAUUACAAGUGUGUUUUUAGCUACGAUAUUUAAGUUACUCAAAAAAAAAACAGAAAACUAACUUGAACUGGUCUCUAAACUACCAGCAUUAUUUUCCCAAUUGAUCUAUCCCUUGGUGGUGAAUUCUCAAAUUCUCUGCCAGUUUUGAAAUUACUUAUAAAAUUUGAUUAAUUUAUUCGAUCAGUUACUUUUUUUCAAUAAUAGCUCAAUAUCCGUUUAUUAUUUCUCAAUUUACCCAAAUGAUGAAUAUAGUUUAAUUUGGAAUUACAUUUUUUUUUACAAUGAGUUGUUUGAAUCUUCGGUUGCUGAUUCUGGUUUACACUUCAGUGAGAAGUCUUGUCUUGUGCGAUGCUGUGGAAACUGUGAAGGCCAGACGCAAUGUGAUUCAGAGGACUCCCAUCCCCUGGAACCUUACCCAGAUGAUACUGGAAGGAUACGACCCCAGACUAAGACCCAACUUCGGAAACCCUAAUAAACCAGUGGAGGUGAAGGUGGACUUAGUCGUGGGCAGUGUAGACGAAAUAUCAGAGGUCAACAUGGACUUCACGUUGACGAUCUACCUGCGACAGUACUGGAAAGACCACCGACUGUCCUUCAAACACAUCUUGGGAGAGGACAUCAAGGUCAUGCCAGUGGACGGGAGGAUCACGGACAAACUAUGGCUGCCGGACACCUACUUCACGAACGACAAGGACAGUUACUUACAGGACAUCACAGUCAAGAACAGGAUGGUCAGAAUCAUGAAGGACGGGACAGUCGUGUUCGGACUCAG